ACGCCUGUGCGUAAAAACUUGGAGCCUGUCGAUAAUCAGAUAGCCAGAGAGGAGCCAGACGAGGAAGUUGGGAGGAGGGACCAGUGCAGUGGCGUGGUGUGUGUGCUGAGAGAAGACUUAAAACUGGAUUCUCCGGACGCCUACAGCGCCGUGAAAUAGGAGGAUCUCUCCAGUUCUGGUUUUGUACCCAAAGCAGUAAUGCGCGCAAAAGGGCCGCGUAUCUGCUCAGAAACUACUUUUUAACACGCUGUCUUUUUAAGAGAGUCACACACCUAUGCUGCCAAUGUCAGCACAGGUAGAGAAGAGGAUCCCGGAAGAACUCGUAGUGCAGGUUACCAGGUUGUUUUCAUAGCCUGUACUUUUAUUUCAAAGCGAGCAAGCGCCGAUGGACUUGUUUACCCUGUUACAAAAGUAGUUUUUCUCUCUUAAAGUUGUCGAUUUGAAAGUAAGUAAACGGGAAGAGGAUGCAGGAGCUGAGGAAGAAGAAGCUGUACGUGGUGAUGGACGUGCUGUGCGUUUUUGUUGCGGCACUGCCCUUCAUCAUUAUGACCAUCGUGUUCAAGCCAUAUCAGAGAGGGGUUUACUGUGACGACGAGAGCAUCAUGUACCCCAUAAAACCAGACACCAUCACCCAUGGCAUGCUAGCGGCUGUCACCAUCUCCUGCACCAUCAUCAUUAUCUCCUCUGGAGAAGCUUAUCUGGUCUACAGCAAGAGGGUUUACUCUAAUUCUGACUUCAAUCAGUAUGUAGCUGCACUGUACAAGGUGGUGGGCACCUUCUUGUUUGGAGCAGCUGUUAGCCAGUCUCUGACCGACCUUGCCAAGUUCACCAUUGGCCGUCCGAGACCUAACUUCAUGGCCGUGUGUGCCCCAAAGAUCUGCACGGGAUACAUGCAGAAGAUCAACUGCACUGGCAAGCUUCAGGACGUCACAGAGUCCAGAUUGUCCUUCUACUCUGGUCACUCCUCUUUUGGAAUGUACUGCAUGCUCUUCCUAGCGCUUUACGUGCAGGCGAGACUGGUGGCUAAGUGGGCUAGACUUCUCCGACCCACCAUCCAGUUCUUCCUGGUGGCCUUUGCGGUGUAUGUGGGUUACACCCGAGUCUCUGAUUACAAGCACCACUGGAGCGACGUGCUGGUGGGGCUGCUGCAGGGAGCUCUUGUUGCUGUGCUCAAUGUGCACUUUGUGUCAGACUUCUUUAAGAAGCGUCCUCCACGUUGCACUAGGCCAGACACAGCUGAUAGCGAAGAGCCAGAGAGGAAACCCAGCCUGCAGAUUGCAGACUCCGAGCACAGCAACCAUUACAACUAUCACCACAGUCCGGGCCCUGUGUGAUUGGAGCUGACGCUAGGGAACAAAGGCUGCAGCCUGCAGACCCCAAACCUGUGUGAUAAGGUCCAACUCUGGGGCCUUUAACCUUGAUUGUGCAUUUAACAGUGUUUAGUGCAGGGAAUAACCUGGGUCAUCUGCGGUCUUGACUCUGUAGGCUGCCCGCUGCAGUCUCCUGAUGCUAUGUGAGAAGCCCUAUGAGUGUGAGAUGUUAAAUUAAGUGUAUUAAUUCUGCAACCAGCUCCCUCCUUCUGUGUCAACCACUUAAACCCCACCUACUCCCCAACCACUGGACUGACUGAGGGGGCUGCAUCCCAUCUACAGGUGCCUAAGCCCCCUCUCAAAGACACCAUGAUGACCUCCUUUUCUCCUAUAAGUGAGAGAGGAGCAUAUUUUUUUAAGACAUCAUUGUUGAUGUUGAAGUGUAUAUGCUUAAAGCUGCAUUAAGCGAAAAACCCACAGCAACAAAGCUAUGAUAGAGCUAUGAUACACUAAGUGCUUGUGGCUAAUGUGUUACACAGCAGAAACAGAGGAACAUGGACAUUCAAACCUUAGUCCUUUCCUGCCAACUGACAAAUCAGUUUUUAUGUAAUGGAUCAGUGAGAGUGGUUGGGUUUUAGCCAUAUGGAUUGAUUAAGUGGAACAGCCUGAAAGUGCCUGAAAACUGCAGAGAUCUGAGAUGGGAUAAUGUUGAUUCGCAGUGGGAUUGACAGUACUAGCAACUCUUUUAUCACCAGAAAUUAUUUUGAUGUCAAAUAUAUCGCUUAAUGGAGCUUUAACAUUUUUCGUAUGUUUUAGAUUUUCUGUAUGUAGAGGACCAAGUGUGUUAGCAGUGAUGAGAGAAAUGUAAGAAUGUUUAUAGGUGUAUGGAAAAGGCACAGUUUAUUGAUUGAUUAGCUUCACUUAGUGCACCUUAAACUAGCUACACACUAGAGGAGUUUUGCAAAUCAUAACAGAUUAUUGUAAAGGCAGCCAGGACACAGUAGAGGAGCAAAAUUUCUCCAUAUAUCAUGUUAUCCUGUUGGAAGAAAGGCUCACAAACUAAAAGCAUCAGCUGCAGGCCACCAAAAAGCUGCUUUGAAACUUUGAGACUUAAUCAGCAUGCCAAAGCAACAUUCAGGGGUAAUCCCAGGAUCUGAAAAACACGUUUCUGCCAGCUCUUGUAACUGCCGCACAAACAGGUCUGGGUAUCUACUCUGACAAACAAUAUAAUGUUUUUAAAAGUGACUAUACAGGUUUGUCUUGCCUGGUGACUCACACUACAUUGAUCAACUCUGAUUCACACUAGUACCAGUGAUUCAACACCCAGCAAUUAUCAUCACUGGCAAAGUGUUAAACAGUUAAACUCAUGUUGUAUCACUGCCGAAGUGUGUCCAGAUAAGAGUCCGAUUUGUGUCUUAAACGUUAAGGCUAGACUUAUGUCAAGACUGGGUCAGAUUCACCCUCAACAUUAGUGAUGCUUAUCUACAAUGUAUAAAUUUAAUUGUGGAGUUUUUUGAUGAUUUAUGUUUCCCCUGUGUGAAAUGGACUGCAGAGGAAGAAACCAUUGAUGCAGCUUUAAUUUCUGACUUUAUGUGUCAUACCACUACUAUAUUGCCAAUCAAAUAUUAAGAAAUUUGGCCUCUACCAUGUCUUUUUUUUCUGUUUUUAUUGUGUUUUUUUAUUUCUCAAAAAAUAAUAAUCAAAGAAGGAUGAGACAACCAUUUUGAAAAUGGUGUUUUAAUUUAUUUUAAAUACAAGAAGUUCUUUAUUUACUCUUACAAGGUUGGAAAUGCCAGCGCUGUUAAGAUUUUUGUGCAAUCACCCCUGCUUGCCACUAUGAGCCACAAAUACUGUAUAUACUAAUGCUAUGAGACAUGCGUGAAGGAUGUAUAUACAUGCUUGUAUGUUUUUAUUGUACACUUUUAAUUUCACCUGUACAGUCUGCUUUGGCCCAUGCCUGCUACGACUGGUGGCGUUUGGAGUUGCCACACAAUCUGAUCCAAUUCCAGGUCCAAACAAAAGCCAGAUGCCUUGGCAGGGCUUUUAAAGGGCUGUUGUAAUGAUAAAGAGUUACAUACCCAGCUGUGUUUUUGAAGCUAGUAACACCGUUUCCACUUCAAAGAUUCAUCAGUGUUCCUUUUCCCUUUCCUGUGCUGAUAGAUGGGGUUAAUUUGUGAAUAAGGUCUCCUGUAUAGUUCUUGUACAGCAUGCAGACCCCUGGAGGACCAACAACAGAUCAGACAGACCACAAACUUGAUAGGGGGGAAACAGGAAGACAGAGAAUCUCACCUGGUAGUGAUUGUGAAGCCCCGAAGCUGAGCUGGGACUGGAGAAAGGCGGGGUACUUUAGGGGGUGGGGUGUGGGGUAUCCCAUGGUGAAACUCCGUCCCUGGGGUCUUCCACACAUUUAAAAAACACAAAAUUACAACAAGAAACAGCUGGAACUGGUUGCAGUGCUGUGCCAGCCCUCUCCCCUGCUCCAUACAUCUAAAUCAUCUGUGUAUUACUACAGCCAGACUAAUAGCCCAAAUGAGGAUGAAGAAACGUCACAGUGUUUAAUUCCCCUCCAGCUUCAUGGAAAGUAGGUUCUCAGCUGGUGAUGUGGUUCCAUGUGUUAUAAUGCUUUAUUGAAUUAGUGCCUUAAAGUAGGCACUGGUUGGCCAAUUUCCUGUUUAUAUCAGCUUGUAGGUAUGAUUUAUGUUGUUUGAUUUUUGUAUAUAGAUUAUAUCUAUAGGCUCUAAACCAGAGAACUUUAAAUAAAGAUAUAAUCCACUUUCA